UCGGGCGAACUCCCGACAAGUGCGCCACAACGACGGGGUACCGGGGCGCGGGAGUGCGGGCUUGGCCGGAUUAGUGGGGCCGAGGCCCGUCCCGGAGUCCCGGUGGGGGUGGAGUAACUCCGCUUGGCUCCGGUCGGGGAUUGUGCUUGUCGUCCGAUGAUUACAUGUCUAUCGUUGGUGAGAAUGAAUCGCAUAAAUGGGCUUAUAGCAUCAGCAGUGUCUCGCGCCUCAGCUUCGAACUCCAACAACAGUCCAGAUGCACGUCAACUUGGGUUGGGCACGGUCUGCCCGCCUCUGCGAAGUAUAGUCGCUUUCAUGCUCUGAUUUAUGCUUAAGUGCUCAACUUGGUUCCCUCUGGUGGCCGGGACUGUUACUUGGUAUUUGCAACGCCG